UAUUUUACCACCAGUUCGUUGCUUCGCGUUUGACUGUGUCGAAGUUGAAGUACGGUUCCAACGAUAUAUUACCCUUUCUUAAAUCUCUUUUACUUGUUUCUAACCUGUACAAUCAAUCCCUGUGUUGUAAAUACUAGUGCUUAUUCUACAACUUCUAUUCAAGACUAGACAGAAGUUCGAAGCCUAUCCACUAAAAACUUACUGAAGGCCUUGGAAUUACUUGUUGUCUUACAUGUGAGGAGGAAACUCUAGAACUCAAAGUUACCAAAGUUUGGGAAAGAGUGUGUCGCGGCAGCCAUUACUGAAGUUCAAAAGUUGUAUAAUGUCAUUCGACUCGUGUAGCGAUUGUUCGUCUUCGGAUAGCCAAGAAAGCCCAACUGAGGAGUAUACUGAGCCUUUUGUUAAAGCUUUUUUGAAAGAAACUAGAGAUUUAGUCGUUGACUAUGUCGGCUUCCGUUUGAGAUCCAAAUUCAAGCAGUCCUGUUUGCGCGGACUUCCCCGUGAGAUUUUAGUUCCACCAGUCCAACCAAGCAACAGAGCCAAUAGUCUUCGGUCUCUCGCUAUGAACCUAGAAAGCCAACACGAACAGCUCUUCCAGCAAAUAUGCUUCAGAGUAGAUUUGUCAGAUUUUGAAGCACAGAAAAAUUUUAACAGCAUUUCGGAGGAGAUAUUCAGUAAUGAAGUGAAUUGGGGAAGAAUAGUUUCGCUCAUAACGUUCUCUGGCGUUGUAGCUCAUCAUUUUGUUGAGGAAGAACGCCCUGAAAUGGUGCUUGAAGUCAUUGACUGGCUUUUAGAUAUCUUCCGUGUGCAUCUCAUCAUUUGGAUAAUUGAAAAAGGUGGCUGGGAUGGAUUUGUGAAUCAUUUUAAUGGAAACAAACCACCAAAGUCAUUUUGGACUGGAGUACUUGCAAUGGGUGCUAUUGGAGCAGCUGGAAUUACACUUCUGGCAAUGUCAAAAUAGACUUAUUUCUGUUGUGACUUCUGUUGAGUCAGUUGGUACAUAAAACAUCUGAUUCAUAAUCUGUGAAUUAAUUUUCUUCAAAGUUGUCUCAUUAUUUGAGAUGUUAGAAUCCACUAUUUCACUAUGUGAAUAGAACAUGUAUAGUCUAUGUGGUUUUAUGCAAACCUUACUAAGAUUCUAAUUAUGACCCCAAAGCUCUGUAAAAAGGUAAAUUACUAGAUCUGAUUAAUUUCUAUCAUCCAUAAAACAUCAUGUGUGCUAACAUCAGCGUAUACGUGAAUUUCAUAGUGUAUAUUCAGUAUUAAAAAACAAUUGAACCUUCCAUUGUAUUUGAAAGCAUACUCAAUUACAUUUUAACAAAAUUUCUGUUUUGAAUUACUCCAGUCAAAACUUUGUCAAAUAUACCUAGGCUACAUUAUUUGCCAUGGUGAGUUAAAUUUUAACCAAUAACUGUUAGACAAUGUUGUAUACAAACUGUUAAUAUUAUUGCAGAAAAAUCUAAGCAUGUAUAUAAAAUUAUGUGUAUUAGACCACUCAAAAUAGUGGUUUUGGAACUUGUACUACUGCCGA